AUCCCGGAGAGUGGGGCCUUUUGCGACAAGGUGACAAAUGUGUUGCUUUUCAGUUGUCAAUGUCGAAAACAUUAGGUUGUGAGCAACUUGAUGUCGUCAUGCGGGGAUAUUUUUUUUCUCGCUGUUGCCAAUCCAAACAAACCCAGCAAACUGAUCAAAAUCAUGUGACUAUCGUGGAUCCCCACCGCCGCUUCCUCCCCACUCUCAUCCAGAGCUUGAUUCCCAGACCACAGACCACGGCUCCAUUCCAUUCCAAACUAUCUACACUUGGCACAGUGCCAGGCAGCCAUGUCAACGGAGCCCCUCUUGCCGUCGUAUGCCUCGGCUACCCAGCACAGGUACCAAUCUUUCCGCCGACGGAGCGCCAUCGUCAUCCCAGCCGUUCCACCCGAUCCGGCCGUUCCUGUCAUUCAAACAUUAAGCGCCCUCACUUUCACCGGCACUACUAUUGUCUCUACUGCCUGGGCAUAUCGAAGCUACGCACCUCCAGACCUGUCCCCUCCAGUGUCGGCUCCCUUGCUUCCAUACUUCGCAUCGCUAUGCCUCACCAUUUCGCUCAGUUUCUGGGUCGGUUACCUGAUCUUCAUCCUCUAUGAUGAGGCCGGCGGUCCAACAAUGCAGCGGAAAAUCGUGGUCGGGGUCUCCGCGGUCGGGAAGCUGGUUCUGGCGGGAGCUCACAUUGGGGUAUGGCUGGGGUACAAAUACCUCGGCCUGGGUCCACGGCAACCGAAUUGGGGGCUGAUGUUUCUGGCGGCUCAGGCAUGGUGGGAUCUGCUGCUGUUUGUCGUGUAUUCGUGUCUGAGAGCGAAAGAAGAGCCCAGGACGAGACGGUGACGGCGCUGCUGUUGAUCUACCUUCCCGGCGUCUUAAUUGCUGGAGUUAUUAUGGCUAUGGCGGUGAUAGCGUGCCUAGGGGUCUUGGCAAGAUAUGCGGGAAAUUAUUCUGUAGGCAGCAUGUUGUGUUGAUCGUGUAUUCCUUUGCACUGGACACUCGAUAAGAUAGCCGCAUAGACCUACCGAUUCGGGUUAGACAAGUGGUACGACUGAGG